CAACCUUUCAAAAUUAACGUAACUGUCAAAACAGAUGUUAAAAUGUUAAACAGUGUGCAGUCACUUGGGUCGUUUCGGUGCCCCCAUUGCUCUGCUUAACAAUCAGUGUGAAUCUUUCGCGACAAUUUCCAAUUUAGCGCGUAAGUUUGCAGAAUUGUGGGAGUGCGUGAAUCACGCAUUCCGGCAUGCGCAUUCGGCCCGUGGUCUCUUUGUUCGUUCGUUGUGCGCCUUCAGCCAGCGUUGUGUCUAAAUCCAAGUGAAAAAACCGGCCAAUUGACAUUGCUAUAUGGUUAUCAGCGCGCAAAUUCCUCGAUUGACCCGCAACUAAUCAAACUGUGUCCUUUCGUGUCCGAUGUCUAGUGCUGAAAUCGCCGAAGGCUCCGUCGAUCCCCCAACUAAGAAGCGGAAGCUUGACUCGUGCCCGAUUUCAACCGACAUGGCGAACAACGGCGCUUCCGGAUCGUCUCAGCAGGACAUCGACGAGGGUCUGUACUCGCGCCAGCUCUACGUCCUGGGGCACGACGCCAUGCGGCGCAUGGCCUCCAGCGACGUGCUGGUCUCAGGCCUGGGCGGGCUCGGCGUCGAGGUGGCCAAGAACGUCAUCCUCGGCGGGGUCAAGUCCGUCACGUUGCAUGACGAAGCCGUUUGCAGCGUCGCCGACCUCUCGUCGCAGUUCUACUUCACCGAAGCCGACGUGGGCAAGAACAGGGCCGAGGUCUGCUGCAAGCAGCUGGCGGAGCUCAACACCUACGUCCCCACGAAGGCCUACACGGGCCCCCUGACGCCGGACUUCAUCCGCAAGUUCCGAGUCGUUGUCCUGACCAAUAGUUGUCUCGCUGAGCAGAUGCAAAUCAGCGAAAUCACACAUGCCAGUAACAUUGCGCUCAUUGUGGCCGAUACGAGGGGGCUCUUUGCCCAAGUGUUCUGUGAUUUCGGGGAUGCUUUCACGGUCGUUGACACCAACGGGGAGUCGCCGGUCUCGGCGAUGAUCGCUGAUAUUUCCACCGAUAAAGAAGGCAUUGUGACCUGCAUUGACGACACCCGCCAUGGCAUGGAAGACGGCGACCACGUCACAUUUUCCGAAGUCCAAGGAAUGACCGAACUGAACAAUUGCAAGCCGAUUAAAAUCAAAGUGUUAGGCCCUUACACGUUCAGCAUCGGCGAUACGACCAACUUUUCGAAAUACGAGCGUGGCGGUAUUGCCACUCAAGUGAAAAUGCCCAAAACCUUGUCGUUUAAAUCACUCAAAGACUCGCUAAAAUCGCCCGAAUUUUUGAUGACCGAUUUCGCGAAAUUCGAUCAUCCACAGCAGCUCCACGUGGCUUUUCAAGCGUUGCACAAAUACGUCGAAAAGCACGGCCGUGUACCAAAACCGUGGAACAACGAAGACGCAUCCGAAUUUCUGUCCAUUGCUAAAUCUUUGGCCGUGGACGGCGGAAACGAUACCGAAGUGAACACUAACUUGUUAGAAACGUUUGCGAAAGUGUGCGCGGGUGAUUUGAAUCCGAUUAAUGCGACUAUCGGUGGUAUCGUGGCGCAGGAAGUUAUGAAAGCUUGUUCGGGGAAAUUUCACCCGAUUUAUCAGUGGUUGUAUUUCGAUGCGAUUGAAUGUUUGCCCACGGAAGCUGGGGAAAUUACCGAAGAGUCGGCGGCACCGAAAGGCACACGCUAUGAUGGACAAAUUGCGGUCUUCGGAAGCGAAUUCCAGAAGAAAUUAGGCGGUUUGAAAUAUUUCGUAGUAGGUGCUGGAGCGAUCGGUUGCGAAUUACUUAAAAAUUUCGCUAUGAUGGGAAUUGGUGGUGAAGGUGGACAAAUCACCGUCACUGAUAUGGAUCUUAUUGAAAAAUCUAAUCUCAAUCGACAGUUUUUGUUCAGACCACAUGAUGUUCAGCGUCCCAAAUCUGGAACGGCAGCAAAGGUGAUCAAGAAAAUGAACCCGAGCAUAAACAUAGUCGCCCAUGAAAAUCGCGUGGGCCCCGAGUCUGAAAACAUGUACGAUGACACUUUCUUCGAGUCGUUAGACGGCGUAGCUAACGCUUUAGAUAACGUUGACGCUCGUAUCUACAUGGACCGUCGAUGUGUCUAUUACCGAAAACCUCUACUAGAAUCCGGAACCUUGGGUACAAAAGGCAACACCCAGGUCGUAGUGCCUUUCCUCACCGAAUCCUACAGUUCGUCACAGGACCCUCCCGAGAAGAGCAUCCCGAUUUGUACCCUUAAAAAUUUCCCCAACGCCAUCGAACACACUCUCCAAUGGGCUCGUGAUAAUUUCGAAGGCCUUUUCAGACAGAGUGCUGAAAACGCAUCGCAAUAUCUCACCGAUCCUGAAUUUUUGGAACGUACUAUUAAAUUACCAGGAGUUCAACCGAUUGAAGUGCUGGAAUCGGUCAAGGCAGCUUUAGUUGAUGAUAGGCCAAAGAGUUUUGAAGACUGUGUAGUGUGGGCCCGCCAUCAUUGGGAGGAACAAUAUUCAAAUCAGAUCAAACAACUGCUUUUUAAUUUCCCGCCGGAUCAAAAAACCAGCACUGGACAGUUGUUCUGGUCGGGACCGAAGAGGUGUCCCGAACCACUCACAUUCGAUGUGAACAAUACCUUGCAUUUGGAUUAUGUUUUUGCAGCGGCUAAUUUGAAAGCCGAGGUUUAUGGAAUACCGCAGAAUAGGGAUCGGGCUUACAUCGCCGAAGUGGUGCAAAAAAUUCACGUACCAGAGUUCGUCCCGAAAUCUGGCGUCAAGAUCGCCGUCACCGAUUCGCAGAUGGCAAUGACGAACGGUUCAAGCGUCGACUUGGACCGCGUUGGCCAAAUCAGAGAGGAAUUACCUUCGGUCGCCGAACUGGGCAAUCUUUGCCUCACUCCACUUGAUUUCGAAAAGGACGACGACACAAACCUCCACAUGGAUUUCAUAGUAGCGGCUUCGAAUCUCCGAGCCGCCAACUACAAAAUCCCUCCAGCCGAUCGUCACAAAUCCAAGCUGAUCGCCGGCAAAAUCAUCCCAGCUAUAGCGACAACAACCUCAGUCGUCGCCGGCCUCGUCUGUCUCGAGCUUUACAAAUUAACGAGAAGUUUGAAAUCGUUGACGCCGUUCAAGAACGGUUUCGUCAACUUGGCUCUGCCGUUCUUCGGGUUUUCGGAGCCCAUUGCCGCCCCCAAGAACGAGUAUUGCGGGAAGGAGUGGACGUUGUGGGACCGGUUUGAGGUGGAUGGGGAGAUGACUCUGAGCGAGUUUUUGGAGUACUUUAAAGAGAAGCACGGCUUGGAGAUCACGAUGUUGUCGCAGGGCGUGUGCAUGCUGUACUCGUUCUUUAUGGCCAAAGCGAAGGCGCAGGAACGCCUGGGGUUGCCCAUGUCCGAGAUUGUGAAGCGAGUGUCGAAGAAGAAGCUCGAACCGCACGUCAAGGCGCUAGUGUUUGAACUGUGUUGUAACGACGCUGACGGAAACGAUGUCGAAGUUCCGUAUGUUAAGUAUAAUCUACCUUGAAUGGUUGCGUGUUGGCUGCAUUCGUAUUAGGGCAUUUAAUGACAGUUAUUAGGUGUGCACUAAAUUGAACUAUUCUGGGUAUUUGUCAAAUUGUGAUCUUGUAAAUUAUUUAUAUUUUUUGCAAGCAUAACUAGAACACGUGUUCGGUAGGAAUUUGUUAUUACUUGCCCAGUGAUUCUCACUUGAUUUUCUAUUAUUUGUGUUAUGGCGAGUGAAUUCAAUGAGCUAAUGCAAUAUAAUCGUACGUAUGCUGAUACUGGAUACAUUGUAGGUUCAGGAUAGUGUUUAUUUUCUUAAAUAUUUUGAUGUGUGAAAUUUAAUAAAUAUGUUUUGAACAUUA